AUGGAUAACAAUAAAAAACGUAAUUUGAACAGCGAUUUAAAUAAUUGUUUGCAAAGUUUAGACUCACCUAAAAUCACAGAAAGAAAGAUAAAAAGACAAGAAAUUCAACAGCUUUUGGAGAAUGAUGAAGUCGUUGAAGUUUUGAAUAUUAACAGUGGUCUGCAACAGUUAAAUCAAUCUCAAAGUAUUGAUGGUAAUGGUCAUGUGACGUGGAUUAGUCUUCUUAAAUAUUAUCAUAGAAGUUUAAUACUGGUUAGUAAUUAG